AGGAAGAAGUAGUAGUUUAGGUGACUGGUAGAUAAGUAACGGGACGUUAGCUGAAUGCUAAUGGAAACAGGUUAACCAACUAACCAGCUAGCUAGCUAGUUAACGGGCUCAGACAUGGAGUGCGCCUCUUUUUCAAAAUACUCCUGGAUCGAUUUUGUCUUCUCUGUCAUGGGAGUGUGCACUUUCCUCCUAGACUGGGGCUCAGAUGUGUGGGUAGCCAUAGAGUUCUACUGCCGCGGGGACUUCUUCUGGUUCGGGAUACUGGUCGGUCUCAUGUUUCUAUCGUCUGUCUUGGUGCAGAUGUUCAGCUGGGUCUGGUUCACGUACGACCGGCAGCUGCCGGGGUUCAGCGCACAGACCGGCGCAAGUACUGUGCUCUUCGGGGACCGAGUGAAGCUUUCAUGCCUGUUGCAUGUGUUGCAGCUGGGUUUCCUUUGCAGACACGUCUCCGCCAUAUGUCAAGGCUUCAGGGUUUGGUGGCGGAAAGAGGAAGGAUCAGAGUAUGCUGUUUAUCUGACACAUGACCUCAGCAUGCUCAGGCUCAUCGAGACCUUCUCUGAGUGUGCUCCUCAGCUCACCCUGAUGAUCUAUGUCAUGCUGACCACCAAUCAGGCCAGGACUGUUCAGUUUGUUAGCAUUGCUGCAUCAACCACAUCCAUAGCUUGGAUGGUGGUGGAUUACCACCGCUCCCUGCGUUCCUUUGUCCCAGACAAAGUCAAGCAGCCCUGGGGUUCCUCCUUGAUCUACUUCCUGUGGAACCUGCUGCUCAUUGCCCCUCGUGUGGCAGCCCUCGCCCUUUUUGCUUCUGUCCUACCUGCUUGCAUUGCUGCUCACUUUCUGAUGCUGUGGUUUGUCUUUGUGUUAUGGGCAUGGCAACAGAGGACAGACUUCAUGGACAGUGAUAGUGGGGAGUGGCUCUAUCGUGCCACUGUGGGGGUCAUUUGGUACUUCAGCUGGUUUAACGUAGCGGAGGGCCGCACCUGGGACAGAAGUCUCAUCUACCAUUCCUUCAGCAUCACAGACACAGGAAUCCUGCUGGUCACGUGGUGGUGCUACAGAGACCCUGUCCAGACUGAGUCAUAUGCCCUCUCUCUGAUCAUCACUCUACCUCUCACCUACCUCCUAGGCCUGCUCUUUAAAGCCCUCUAUUACUGCUGCUUCCACCCAAAACUGUGGAGGCCCCUGGUGAGGGACCCGCGACUAGCUGAAGAUCUGCCUGAUGCACUUGUCUCCUUUAGACGCUUCUCCACCCAGGACACCGCUGUGUCCUCCCAGCUCCUCAACAAACGGAUGGCCUGCCAUGCUACUCAUUUUUACUCCCAGCAAGGAGUCGUAGGAAACAGUGAUGGCACAAAUGGAGCAAAGUCACCACAUUUGUGAUUCCUGUUUUGUGUGUCACAGCCGGUAGUGCACUACAGGUGCCUGUUACUUUCUGUGCUGGAUUACAGCAGGCUAUCUCCCGUCUCCUAUUUGUACUGCAAUUUCACCAGAUGCUCAGUGUAUACUGGCCUAAAAUGCAGGCUCAGUACUUGAGCCAGUGGUCACAGUGGAUGUAAUCCUCUUUACCAGCAUUUGCAGUUUUACACUACUAUCAAUAUACAUAUUUUGCAAUAUAAUUAAUUCCUGUAAAAUCAGUUAGACUGAAUCCAGUAAAUGAAAUUUAAGCUCAUUUCAUUUAUGCAAAAACCAUGUAAAAAAAUCCAACUUUGCCAUAAAGCUGUCCUGUGUGUUCAUUUGCAACUUUGCCAUGAUGGGACACUCGACAGCUCCCACAAUAUAAGAUGAUGGUUUCCACUGUGAUAUUUCUUAGCUCCAUUUGACUCUAUGGUAAUUUGGCAUGGUGUCUUAUAAAACUAACAAAGUAAAAAGGUUAGAGUUGUAUUUCAGACUUUACGGGAGCCAAAAAACAUUGUGUCGGUAAACAAAUAUUAAAUAACAAGGUUUACAAUAUUCAGUUUUGACAGAAUUUUUAAGCCCAAGAAGUCAGAUUUCACAACUCUAAAUUUUAAAUUAAGCCGCAAACAUCAUCAGAUUAGAUUUCCCAGAGUUUCAUGUGACACAAGAAAUAUCCAAGGCAUGUGUUUUUGGGUCAUGUUACAGCUGCUAUGACGGGAACCAUUUUGAAUGACUUUGAAUGUAGAUUUGACAAUAAGCUGUAAUGUUUCUGUUAAUGCACUAGCUUCACUUCAAGAUGAUUUUUUUUUUAUGGGGUAAAUAAGAUUUGAUUGUUUACAUGUUAGCACACGACUCUGCCUUUAGAUUUCAAAUAGGUGGAAAUGCUAAUGUUGUUUAAAUGUUGAAAGAAUAUGUAAAACAUAUUUGUUUACAUCAGUUCAGGCUCAUCACUGUCUGAAUUUACUGAGCAAUACUGUGCUACACUUGGACGACUGCUACGAUUCCAGUACCAUGGUAUGUGAUAUUUAAAGUUCUUUGGGUUCUCUUAAAGGUUUGUACAAAUUGGUCUAAAUGUUAUAUGUGAGACUUUGACAUGUCUUGUUUUGACAUGGUUUAUUGCUAAUUUCAGCGAAUGUGUAGAGAUCCACUUGUUUGUUACAUACUCAGCUGAAACCAAAGGUUAGGGUCACUACUGCCUUUUACCUCAUUGGCCAUGUGCAGUCAAUAAAGUGGUAAGAAUAAUUAUUAUGUGUUUUUAUUUGUUUCUCUGGCCCAGACACUGUGGUGCAGCCUGCAAACAGUGUCUGAUUUGAAUGAUUUACAGUUAGAUGUGUCUCUUCUUUAUCCACAGCUUGUUAAAAUGACAGCUUUCCACAGGUGGGUGUGUGCAAGCUACGAGUGAUUGUGUCAUAAUAGUAUUAGGAUUGGUUGGGAGGGGGAGUUAACAAGAGUUUAAAUACUGAACUUUGUACUUUCGUUUCUCAUUCAAGGCAAGGUUAGCAUGCGAUGUGUCAGCUCUCUGGUCUAUGACAGUCACUAUGGGUGUGUUGAAGUUUUCCUGCGUGGAUUUUGUCUUCACUUGUGUGGGUCUGGUUUUCUUACUGCUCGACAUAGUGCUGGAUGUAUUAGCCGCUUUGUCCUUCUACUGGGAACAGGCAUACGUGAGCCUCGGCGUGCUGCUGCUGUUUCUCAUGGGCUCGUCGGUGCUCGUCCAGGCCUUCAGCUGGCUCUGGUACAGCUAUGA